AUGUUCGAUGAAAUGAAGAGGAAAAUUAAGCCCAAUUCGACCACUUUUACUAAUGUGAUCUCAGGUUUCUAUAGGGAGCAGAAGUUGGAGGACGUAGAUAAGAUUUUGGGGUUGAUGAAAGUGUAUGGGUUAAACCCGAAUUCGAAUUUAGUGUAUAAUGUGAGGAUUGGGGGGCUAUGUAAGUUGAAGAGGAUGAGGGAGGCGAAGGAUUUGUAUAGGGAGAUGUUGUCGAAGAGGAUGAAGCCGAAUUGGGUGAUAUAUAAUCUUUUGAUUGUUGGAUUUUGUAAAGAAGGGAUGUUGGAGGAGGCUAAAAGAGUGUAUGAGGAGAUGGGAAAGAAAAGGGUUGUGUCUGGAGAGGGUCGUUGUUAUUUUGGCUUGAUACAUUAUUUGUGUCAGAGUGGGGAUUUUGAGGCUGCCAUGGGAGUUUAUAAGGAUGCAAUGGGGAAAAAUUGGAUGCCGGGGUUUAAGACGAUGAAGAUGCUAGUGAAUGGACUGGUGAAGAAUUAA